AUGGCUUCACUGGAGAUCGCGCGGAGGAAACGCGAUCAACAGCCCCUUCACUCUCUCACAUACAGACUCGCCUCGCGCAGGGUGCUGCAUGAAAGAAGCAUCGGAAGUCUCGUUCCCGUCGCAGGAUUCUCGUUCCUUGCUGCCGUGUCGUCACAGUUCUUUCAACUGGGCGUCUUCGGCUUGCUCAAGGGUGCAUUUUCGUUAUACACAUUCAUCCUGGUAACGACAUACUUUGUCUUUGGAUCGCUCCUUCUGGGCCUCAGGAAUGCUCGCGUGAAAGUCAACCCAAGACUGUCGCCUACAUAUUUCCACGAUCUCCUGGCAAUCUCUUCGGAUCCCCUCUCGUGGGUGCUGGUCAGCUUCUAUGUUAUCUCGACAAGCGUCCUUCACGCCCUCAUUCUCGCGCCCUCCAGCAAUUCGUUCGCGAACUUUAGCGAACUCGUCGUCUUCAUCAAUGAGAAGGGCAUUCCACAGAUCAACGAACGCUACAUCUUGACAAGGACUUUCUCGAUCAUCUUUGGAGUCGCCUACGGAGUGCGCCAUUUGAUCUACCAGAAGGACUGGUUGGCAUUCCCCGAAAUUCAGCUGAGCACUGUGGACUAUAUUUUUAACAACUACUGGAAGCAGGUCGUCUCUAGCGCUGGAGCUUUCUCCUUGCGGAUAACAGGAGCUUUCUGGAUUGUUUACAACAUUCUUCUCAGCCGGCUCCUUGUGAAUUCGGCCAUGCGCUUUGUCGCGGAUGACAUUCUCUACCACGCACCACAGUAUGGUCCUCGUUGGUACAGUCUUGGACUGGCGAUUAGGCUGUUCUUCACAUCGUUUUCGAUCUCGAUCUUCUUGGAGUCAGUCCAUCUUGUCUGCGAUCAUUUCCUCUCCAAGAAUAUGAACGUGUCAGGAAGUUCAAUUGACCCCAACGCGUGUCUGAUUUCGGGAUUGAAAGUCGACGGAUCCAACACUACACCCGAGACUCUAUUGACCUACCAUGCAUUCCAGGAACUGGCUCAUUUGGCAGGACACUCUCCAGCACGGCGCAGGGAUAUUUUCAAUGAUGCCGGCAGUUCGCCUUCGAGCUGGACUCAGAUCUCAUCUCACUGUAUUGUGCUGUUGAACAAAGCAGCCACCCGCAUUAACACUGUCCCUGCUAAGCCCUCUAGCGCUUCUGCAGGUAAACCGACCACAGCAGCUCUUGGAUCAACGGUUCGUAGAAGACUCCCUCCAGGCCAAGGCGGUGCGUUCGAAACCAACAUUUUCCGUCCCAGCAAGCACGACCAUUUCUUUGACAGCCUAAAGGGGCUCAGCACUGAGGAGAUCUUGGCUAAGUCAAGAGCGGAGGCUGCGAAGGAUGCAACAAAGGCGUCCUCGACUGCAACACCCAAGGAUCGUUUGGAGUUGAUUGCCUUCCGUUGGAUCAGCAAUAAGGUCAAAGAGCUGGCACUCAAGUACCCAGACCUCCAGAGACACCUUAGCGUUAUUCCAGAGAAGGAGAUUCUGAGGUCAACCGAUGACUUCCGUUUGAUCCUUUGGGCUUUUCAAAGCUUGGCACGAUUGGUUGCUGCUUCUUACGACGAAGACAGCUAUGGCGUGGUUCAAAAGGAUAUCCCUAAAGUUCUGGAGUCUAUGCUUGAGCUGCUCAUGACACUGGAGUCAUUCCUGUUGGCCGAGGCAGGCUCUGCCAAGUUCCGGUCGAACCCUUAUUCGGCUCACAUCAAUGCGCAAAGGCUUACCAUCACUCGAUCCUAUGCCAUGCUCCAAGCUCUCAAGACGGCCAUCUACCAGAUUGUCGUCGCUUUCAGGGAUCAAUUGGGCGAGUUUACUCUGGCCUCAGCGUACGCUAGCCGGUUGAAGCACUUUGUAGACUUUGACGAGUAG